UCAUUAUUUGAUUUUCUCCUUAUCUCCAGAAUGUUCAACCUCAUUAGCUUAGCAUUAAAAUAUCAACAGCACCUGCUCGUGAUCGAACGUGCAAACUUAUAUCCAGUGUGUCAGUACUUAGAACUUAAGUACACAAUCAAAGGGAAACAAAGGGCAAGUUUGGAAUGGUUUCAGUGAAAAAUAUUCUCUUGGGAUUAGUUACUAGAUAAGAAAAAAUAAGGAGAAACACAAUCAAGAUGUACCGGCUCACCAUACUCUGCAUCUUCACAAUAGCUAUAUCCUGGGCUCAACAGCCUCUUGAACCACCCAUCACAAGCUACGACUACAUCGUGAAAUUCACUAUCAACAUGGACGAAAACAAAGUUCCAUAUUACAUCGUAAAUGGAAUAUACAACAACCGAUUUGAAGGAAACGUAACUGUCGAUGACGUCAUACAGCUGUACAGGAUUAGGCAGUUGUCUCUGGACCAAGCAAAGCUGGUGCUGAAUUCCAUGGAUGUUCCGACUGACACGGUGUUUUCAGAGGAUACAUUCGAAACUGUUUUGAAAGACUUGAGGUUGGACUUUACUACGUUCUACAGCAAUGUCUUUUUGCUUUCGUUUGGUACUUCUGGUGAACCGUUAAGGAAAUUCUUGGAAACUUUAGAUAUCGACUUGCCAGCGUUUACAUCAUCCAUUGUACUCGGAAUGGGUGACCCACUGGACGUAAUAAAACAAGGCAACUUCUCUAACCUCGAACCAGCUCUUAACGAAAUUGGAAAAACUCCUAAUGACCUAUACAAAGCAAGCAUGAACACCUUUGCUGACGCUGCAGUUAAGCUAUCACUUCGUGAAUUUGUCGAAAUAUUGAAGAAAAACGGUUUAACAGAAGCUAAAGCUUUGAUCUUAUGGAACACAAUUGGUAUUGAUGUUCGUGACAUAUACUUAAAUCAGGACUUCAACAAACUUUUGCUCGAAACGAAUAUGGACCUUAGGAAAGAUGUAGUAGGGGUACUUAUAGGAAACAACAGUAUUGUGACAGAUAUAAAUGUAGGGAUUUUUCUCAAGGAAGCUAAGCAAAUAUCAAGAAUCGAAGCGAAGCCUUUGAAUGAUACUUUAGAACUGAAGGACAUCAAACCAGCCUAUUCGAGCUUCGAAAGUUUAGCAGUACUGAAUUUCCAAAGUGAACAUAAUACUAGUUACAUUUCGUAUGGGAUGUUGAAUGGAAAAGAAGAAAACUGUACUUUCAUAACAUUGAGAAACGACACUAUUGUAACGGAAAUUGUGACGCCUGUCGAUAAAAAGACUCACGUUGAAAUUGAAAGUAAAAUGCCUUCAGAAUACGUGAUCCCUGGAAGUCCUUUGGUGUGUGAUGAUAAGGUUUACGGUUUGGCCCGGGACAAUGGUCACAGUUCUGGAAUUGUCAUUUUAGACAAUUUCAGAGAAAUCACUUCCGGUACAAACAUGUUAAGUAGUUGUUUAGUAGUCUUGAUUAUCGGUAUUAUUAAUAUGAUACUGUGAUGACUGUAUUUAAGUAAGAUGAUUCCUGUGACAUCAGUGUUCAGAAAAGACUAGUCUUUCUACAGUUUUGAAAAAUGAUUUACCCAUCAGCAUUAGAAGUAAACAUACCUAGAUACAUUUUUCUAAUUGUAAUACUAAAACAUACGAUUCUCAUUUGGCUAUAAUACGAACUUCAUAUCAUCGAUGGAACAUAGCAAAACUACCUCCAGAGACCAAUUAUUAUGCUGUUGUAGCUGUCUCGAAUACUAAUUUACUUUGGUAUAACCAAUAUCUCAAUUGUUACCUCGCUUUUACUCGGGAUAAUAAAGAUGCGAAGAACAUCGAUUUUGUAUGUUGUAUUUGCAUUUCCGCUAAUGUAAUAAAGUAUAUGACAGCC